AUGUCGAUGGACUUCCCUGCCGAGGAGGAGAUUGUUCUCCAACGGUGGAGGGAGAUUGAUGCCUUUAGGCGCCAAGUCGAGCUCUCGAAGAAUAACAAACCAUGGUCCUUUUCAGAUGGUCCUCCCUUCGCGACUGGAAAGCCUCACUAUGGCCAUCUUCUAGCUUCCACCAUUAAAGAUAUCGUUCCCCGGUACUGGGCAAUGAAGGGAUACUAUGUCGAGCGGCGGUUCGGCUGGGACACCCACGGAGUCCCCAUCGAGUACGAGAUCGACAAAAAGCUCGGCAUGUCCGGCCUGCAGGCAGUUGAGAAGAUUGGAAUUGAGAAGUACAACGCGGAGUGCAAGUCCAUCGUCAUGAAAUUUGCUGGCGACUGGAAGGUCACCAUCGAUCGAUUGGGCCGUUGGAUUGAUAUGGAGGACAAGCCGUACAAGACCAUGGACCCCACGUUCAUGGAAUCCGUUUGGUGGGUUUUCAAGCAGCUUUUUGAGAAGGAUUUGGUAUACCGAGGAUAUCGAGUGAUGCCAUAUUCGACUGCGCUUGCGACUACUCUGUCCAACUUCGAAGCCUCUCAAAACUACCAGGAUGUACAGGACCCUGCGGUUGUGGUCAACUUCCCUAUUAUUGGACAGGAAAAUACCUACGCCCUGAUCUGGUCUACUACUCCAUGGACCCUCCCCUCCAACAUCGCUAUUUGUGUUCACCCCGACUUCGAAUAUAUCAAGGUUUUCGACGAGGCGAGUGGGAAGAACUAUAUUCUGCUUGAGUCUUUGCUCCGAACCCUCUACAAGGACCCCAAGAAGGCCAAGUUCAAGAUCGUGGACCGCAUUAAGGGCUCAGACAUGUUGGGAUGGAAAUACGAGCCCCUCUUCGACUACUUCUACGAACAGUUCAAAGACCACGGUUUCUGCAUUUUGAACGAUAAAUAUGUCACCGCGGAUGAUGGUGUUGGUCUUGUUCAUCAGGCUCCUGCCUUUGGUGAGGACGAUUACCGGAUUGGUUUCGAGCACGGUGUGAUCAACGACAAGCUCCGGGACUUCGUGGGUCAACACGUCAAGGCCGCUGACAAGCCAAUCAUCAAGCACCUGAAGGCCACCGGCCGCCUCGUUGUUGACAGUCAGAUUACUCACAGCUACCCAUUCUGCUGGCGAUCCGAUACUCCUUUGAUCUACCGUGCUGUGCCUUCAUGGUUCGUGAAGGUCACUCCCAUCAUCCCUCAAAUGCUCAAAGGUAUUGAAGACUCCCACUGGGUCCCUUCUUUUGUGAAGGAUCGCAGAUUUGCCAGCUGGAUCAAGAACGCUCGUGACUGGAACAUUUCUCGAAACCGUUUCUGGGGUACUCCCCUGCCCAUCUGGGUCUCCGAUGACUACAAGGAGGUUGUGGCGAUUGGCUCGGUCGAAGAGCUUAAGAAACUGAGCGGCUACGAGGGCGAUCUUACCGAUAUCCACCGUGAUAAGGUGGAUCACAUCACCAUCCCCAGUCAGCAAGGCAAGGGUGUCCUCCGCCGUGUGCCUGAGAUUUUCGAUUGCUGGUUUGAGUCUGGUAGCAUGCCUUAUGCCUCUCAGCACUAUCCUUUCGAGAACAAGGAUCAGUUCGAGAAGAGCUUCCCAGCUGAUUUCAUCGCCGAGGGUCUGGACCAGACCCGUGGUUGGUUCUACACUCUGACUGUUCUUGGUACACACUUGUUUGGCAAGCUGCCCUUCAAGAAUUGCAUUGUGAACGGAAUUGUUCUCGCAGAGGAUGGUAAGAAGAUGUCGAAGAGACUUCAGAACUACCCCGAUCCUUCUUUGAUCAUGGAUCGCUAUGGUGCGGAUGCGCUGCGUCUUUACUUGAUCAACUCUCCCGUUGUCCGUGCUGAACCUCUGCGCUUCAAGGAGACCGGUGUCAAGGAGAUUGUUAGCAAGGUUCUGUUGCCCAUGUGGAACAGCUACAGGUUCCUUGAGGACCAAGUGAAGCUCUUGAAGAAGACUUCCAAUGUCGACUUCGUUUUCGACCCCAAGGCUGAGUCCACCAACACCAACGUCAUGGAUCGCUGGAUCCUGGCCAGUUGCCAAAGUCUUCUGGUGUUCGUUAACCAAGAAAUGGCUGCCUACCGCCUGUAUACUGUCGUCCCUCGUCUGCUGGGCCUGAUUGAGAACACUACCAACUGGUAUAUUCGGUUCAACCGCAAGCGCCUCAAGGGUGAGAAUGGCGUUGAUGAUACCCUGCACGCUCUCAACACUCUUUUCGAAGUUCUCUAUAUUUUGGUCCGAGGUCUCGCUCCCUUCACCCCCUUCCUGACCGACAACAUCUACCAGCGCCUUCUCCCUCAUAUUCCGGAAUCACUCCACUCAGAGGACCCUCGCUCUGUCCACUUCCUUUCGUUCCCCGAGGUGCGAGAGGAGCUUUUUGAUGAAGUUGUUGAACGUCGGGUCGCUCGCAUGCAGAAGGUUAUCGAACUUGGCCGUCUCUCUCGUGAGCGCCGCUCCAUUGGUCUGAAGACUCCUCUCAAGAGUCUUGUGGUCAUCCACCAGGACCCGCAGUACCUGGACGACGUCAAAUCCCUAGCGUCCUAUAUCGAGGAGGAAUUGAACGUCCUGGAGCUUGUCCUUUCUUCUGACGAGGCCAAGUACAACGUUCAGUACAGUGCCAAUGCUGACUGGCCGACUCUGGGCAAGAAGCUGAAGAAGGAUGUACAGAAGGUCAAGAAGGCUCUGCCAAACCUGACUAGCGAGGCCGUGAAGAGCUUCGUCGCCGAAAAGAAGAUUCUGGUCGACGGUAUCGAGCUUGUGGAAGGCGACCUAGUCGUUAAGAGAGGCAUCAAGGAGGACGCAGGCGCUUCCAACCUGGAGAUCAACACCGAUGAUGAUGUUAUGACCCUUCUCGAUGCUGAACUGUACCCUGAGUUGGCGCAACAGGGUAUUGGACGUGAGAUCAUCAACCGUCUCCAACGUCUGCGUAAGGCUGCCGGACUGGUCCCCACGGAUGAUGUCAAGAUGGAAUACACCGUGUUGGGGGAUAAGGACUCUAUCGGCCUUGCUGAGGCAUUCAAGUCUCAGUCUCAGGCUAUCGAAAAGGCUGUUCGUCGCCCGCUUGAUGAGCGUGCGGCUGUCGAUGGCAAGGCUCCUAGCGCCGAUGAGGAGGGAACCAUCGCACAGGAGGAGCAGGAAGUGCAGAACGCUACCUUCCUGUUGCGCCUGGUGAAGCUGUAA